UCUUUCUAACUGUUCCUCCACCUGCUCCUUGCUUUCACUGCAGAUCACAAUGUCAUCUGCAAACAUCAUGGUCCACGGGGAUUCCAGUCUAACCUCAUCUGUCAGCCUAUCCAUCACCACUGCAAACAGGAAGGUGCUCAGGGCUGAUCCCUGAUGCAGUCCCACCUCCACCUUAAACUCCUCUUUCAAAAAAACAGCACACCUCACCACUGUUCUGCUGCCUUCGUACAUGUCCUGUAUUAUUCUAACAUAUUUCUGUGCCACUCCAGACCUCAUCCAGGAGGACCACUUCUGGGAGGCCAAGGAUACGACCAGGCCAGGACUCGGCACAUCUGGGACACGCAGCGCCAGCACAUGGACUGCAUCCAGGACCCGCCCGCCGUCCAAGGUGGGGGAUGUGACGAGAGGUGGCAUCAAGCUUCCGAUAUUCAAGUGUGCGCGAGGCUCCACUUCCCUGGAGUGCUUCCACCUCCACCAGUGCCCGCUUCAUUCCAGGCACCGUGGCCAACACCCUCCACUUCCAGGUCUACCUGCUGGAGGGCUUGACCCGGUGGAACGAGGACCGAGCCAGGGCAGCCGUGGUGGGGGGCCUGUCGACGACCUUGACCCGCUGCUACAACUCCCGCCUGCUCAGCGCUUUCCAAAAGCUGACGCAGAAGCUGCUGAAACGCGCUGUGGUGGAAAACUACACCCCGCCGGGGGAGUACAUUGGGGAGCUCAUCGGCUUGGACUACCUGUACGCCCAGACCGGCGCCGCGCUCCAUCCGGGCCCCGAUCGUGACAAGGAGGGGGAGGAGGAGGACCCGACUGCUUGGAUGGACAAGGUGGCGGAGGAAGAGGACGACGGGGCAGUCGACGUGGAAAAGCCGGACGAAGGAGAUCCGGAGUUCAUGGCCUUGUCUGAGUCCAUGAUGGAAUGCCAGGACAGGGACAGAGACAGGACGGCUGCGCCCCCACCAUGUCCAGAUGCCCAUGUAGAGGAUGACGUCCUCGGAGCGGACGGACGCACAGGCUACCAGCACGUCUGCCGCCUGGCGUCGGCGCUGGUGGAGCUGCGUCUGUGUCCCUUUGUCACUCAGUCGCAGGUGCCCAACAUCAGGGAUCGGUGGCUGAAGCUGGACUCCAGGGACAAGGCCCCCCUUGCCCUUCCCACGCGGCACAAGGACAGGUUGUUCGAGGGCCACUUCAAGACCUCGGCCAGAAAUCGCCACUCGACAGGUGUGGACAGUGCCAAACGUCUCUCCAUCGGAAAGGGCACAGAGGUGGCGCACUCCCCGAGUGUGAGCAGGUUUAUGGAGGCCAUUUUCAUCGAGCUGUGCCACAUCCACGCUCAAGGGCACAGCCUGGCCGGAAUCCGGAUGAGCCGAUGGGGGCUAGUGAUGCGUGACUUCGGGCGCAUCAAACAGAUCUGCAGGUCUGUGCAGCUGCUGGCCGCCGCUCCCAUCCAGGUGGUGGAGGUCAACCACCGGACCCUUUCUCAGUGGUACAACCGGAUAAGCAUGGAGGAACUGGCCAGGGGCCUUUGCGUAGUGCUUCCGGCGCCCACCGCAGACCAGGUCGCAGCAGAGGCACUCCCACCGUCCAAGCCUUUACUGGACAAGGCGGGGCAUCCCCGUAAAGGCCUGGAAUACCACCACCCGAACGACACCUCUGGUCUGGCAGUCACUCACAGAGGGCCUGUCCUGCCAGAGCUUUUUGCAGCCCGUGUGUCUGCUUCAUCCUCCUCCUCCUCCGCCGCUGCUGCUGCAUCCGCUUCGCCCUCCUCUACCACUGUUGCUGCUGUGUCCGCUUCGGCUGCUGUGUCCGCGUCAUCCUACUCCGCUGCUGCUUGCAUACGGGAGCAGCAGAUACGGGCGCAUAUGGGCUUCGCCACUCCAAGUGUCAGCACCCCCCCCCCCCCCCCCCCCCCCCGGCAGCAGUGA